ACUGCCGAAGCAGAAGCCCAUAGAAGGAGUUAAGCAGGUGGUGGUCUUAGCUUCUGGAAAAGGGGGAGUUGGGAAAUCAACAACAGCAGACAAAAGAAGUUGGUUUACUUGAUGCAGACAUAUAUGGACCUUCAAUUCCAAAGAUGAUGAACUUAAAAGGAAACCCAGAAUUAACACCAAAAAAUCUAAUGAGGCCCCUUAAGAACUAUGGAAUCGCAUGCAUGUCUAUGGGUUUCUUGAUAGAAGAGACUGCCCCAGUUGUGUGGAGAGGGCUCAUGGUAAUGUCAGCUGUUGAGAAGCUGUUGAGACAGGUUGACUGGGGUCGACUGGACUAUUUAGUAAUUGACAUGCCACCUGGGACUGGAGAUGUACAGCUGUCAGUCUCACAGAAUAUUCCGAUUGCAGGAGCUGUGAUCAUCUCCACUCCGCAAGACGUGGCUUUAUUGGAUGCACACAAAGGAGCUGAAAUGUUUAGAAAAGUCCAUGUACCUGUUUUAGGACUGGUUCAAAAUAUGAGUGUUUUCCAGUGUCCCAAGUGUAAGCAUGAGACACACAUUUUUGGAGCUGACGGUGUAAGAGAUCUAGCAAAAGCCCUUGGUUUGGAUAUUUUAGGAGACGUUCCACUGCAUGUUAAUAUACGGGAGACGUGUGAUUCAGGACAGCCUGUUGUGAUCUCGCAGCCUCAAAGUGAUGCUGCUAAAGCCUAUCUAAAGAUAGCUAUGGAAAUAGUGAGACGACUGCCAGUACCUCCUGCUUGAAGUGUUUGUCGCUGAAUCUUGCCAAAAAAGCAAUCUUUUGGUGUGACCAAUGCAGAAGAGUCCUGCUACCUAAUUAUGUGGAUACCAUAUUUUAGUUCUAAGAACUUUUUUUGAGUUAAUUUACCAGAGGUGAAAUAAUGAUUGUGAUGUUUACUGUUUUUCAAACCGUUGUUUGGCCAUGUCCAAAUGGAUUGAAGUAUGCAACAGAUGAUUGACAAUAUUUAACUGCUAGAUUGUAACAUCAUCAAGUGAGAAGGGAUGAAGUACAUUUUUUACGUGUCCUGUUUUAAGGUCAAGAAUGAAAAACAGCUGCUCCAGCCAAGCAGAAUGAUGAGAGGGGUGUGAAGGCAUAAGUUCUCCUUAAAAAAUGACAUUUGCCAUACUCUAAUUUCUGUCAAUUUUGGUUCAACUUUUUACUUGGUUAACUACCAAGCUGACCAUAAGUUUUGCAAAAUUUUAAGAACCAAAUUCAGUUAUGUAACUGCAAUACUUUUGUGUGUUCAUCUUAAAAGAAACUUAAAAAAAAAUCCACGUAUACUCUGAAGAGUUCUUGUGAUGGAUCGUGAGCAAAUUCAUUCAUUAUUGGAUAAUGUUCGAUCAUGAGGCAAUUCACAGUUUAGUGGAGAAUGGAUUACAUGACCCUGAGGCUAAUUUCUUGACUGCUUUGCGUUAUAAUGGACCCAGACAGAAGACUAGGUAGCCAAGGUCUUCACUGAAAACCAGAUGAUGCCUGAGCUCAGUUUGCCAGGGGAUGCAAAUGAUCAAGUUAAAUUAAAUUUAUGAUUACAGUGCAGCAACUUGGAAUUUGAAUAUAAAGAUCUAUUUUUGAAGUAAAGAAAAACUUGGUCUUC